AUGUGCAGCUCCGACAUCUUCCUGGCGGUCCUCGCCGUCUUCUUCCCGCCCAUUGCUGUCUGGAUCAAGGCGGGGAUCUGCACCGCUGACUCCAUCAUCAACAUCGCCCUCUGCCUGCUAGGCUACAUCCCGGGCCUCAUUCACGCAUGGUAUAUCAUCAUGAAAUACCCCGAGCCCGACUACGACGACGUAGCCUACGAGCCCAUCUCCGGCGGCUCCAGCCAACGCCGCGAUCUCGAGAACGGUCGCGUGACGUACUACUAUGUCUCACACCAGCCUCUGCAGCACCCCUCCCAGCGACAGUCCUACGGUACCGUCAACCAGCAAGGCCAGCAGGGAAACGUGCCUAAGCCCUCUGAGGACUCGCAGCAAGGUGCUGGAGCUAGCAGUGGCGAGGGACGGUCCGACGCCCGACCGCCACCUACUUAUGCUGAAGCCGUGAAGGGUGACAACAAGAUCCAGUCCCAGGAUUAG